GCGGAUCUGCCAUUUGAGCAGUAACCCUUAAUCUGAAGUGGCACUGCAUCCAGCGCAGUGCAAUGGACGAGUUUGUCUAUCCCACCUCUUCCUGCAGCUCUCCCUCCUCGGUUUCCUUCUCCGUCACCGGCCACCACCAGGUGCUCGAGUUCCUCUCCAGCGAGGUCCCGGAGCAAUGGCUGCUGGAUGACGCCGACUUGCAGGAUAACCCACCCCACGAUGGCGACGAGGGCUCACGCCCUGCGGGCAACGACCUGUCCGGCAACCCGCCGGUGCCCGCCCCCAAGAGGCGGGGCCGGAAGCCUGGACCCCGGGCCGACGGCCUCGCCAUCAGCCACGUGGAGGCGGAGCGGCAGCGGCGGGACAAGCUCAACCGCCGGUUCUGUGAGCUCCGGGCAGUCGUCCCCACGGUGUCCCGGAUGGACAAGGCGUCCCUCCUCUCCGACGCCACUGCCUACAUCGCCGAGCUGCGUGGCCGCGUGAAGCAGCUCGAGAACCAGGUCACGCAGGCCGCGGCGCGGAAUGGCGCGCCUUCCGCCCCCACCGCGGCGAACUCCCACUCGUCCGGGCUCAAGGAGAAGCUGGAGGUCCGAAUGGUCGGGCCGGAUGCUGCGGCGCUGCGCCUGACGACCGCGGCGCAGCACGCCCCCGUGCGCCUCAUGGGCGUGCUCCGCUCUCUGGACCUGCCGGUGCAGCACGCGUGCGUGUGCCGCGUGGGCGGCGUGACCGUGCAGGACGCCGUCGUGGACGUGCUCGCCGCCGCGCUGCGGAACGAGGGCAGCCUCCGUGCCGCGUUGCUCCACAAGCUGCAGCAGAGCGGCUAGCCCUCGACCAGCUUACCCAAUUUACUCCGUCGCCAGAUCAAGCUAGCUACUGCAGCUAGCCCAUAUUUCAGGGCUUGAUUGAUGGAGAAGGAUUGGACAAUGUAUUUUCGAAUUGGCUGCGAACUUAGUUCAUUUACCAUUUACCGCCAUCAGGCCCAAGGUAUUGUGUUUAAUCCCCGCAGAUCCAAUCAAGCCCCCAAAUGGGUGUUUGGACUAGAAGUACGCAUUUCUCGGAAAGUUUUGGAUUUAGAUGCAAUUCAAACUAAUUCUAAAAAAUUCCCAAUAAAGUACCGUCAAUCAGAACAUGGUCUUUAAGCAUUUUAUUUGUUCGAACUGAGGUACAGCGGUGUUCUUG